CUCUGUUGUUUCAGACAAAUUCAAAAACAAGUUUCAAAGUUGGAAAGAUGGGUAACAGGAAAAGAUACAACCCCCUAAUAUAAUACGUAAUGAGAAUGGGAGAGACUGGGCCUGUCCCUCUAGCCACCAAGCCCCAACUUGAAUAAUGGGUAUUGAGGUCUAUUUUUGUCUUCCCUCAAAGACAAAUCUCUACCCUGCCUUACACCGUCCCCAUGCAUACAGAAACUGCAAAUUCACUGCCUCCUUUCCUCCUCCCUAAUCUCCCCUCUCAGCAUUUCUAUCCCCGCCUCCCUCCCCUAUCCAAAUUUUCCAGCCAGCAGCUGGGGCUGACUUCCUCAAUUCUGAUGGAAUAAAUCCAGCUCUCCUAGUCACCCGCUGCCGACUUUAUCCACAUUCCACUGCAGGAAGAGCCCAGAGAGCAGAUUCCCACCAGCAGGAUGUGGGGGCUCAAGGUUCUACUGUUGCUGCCCAUGGUGAGUUUUGCCCUGUACCCUGAGGAGAUACUGGACACCCAAUGGGAGCAGUGGAAGAAGACCUACAGGAAGCAAUAUAACAGCAAGGUGGAUGAAAUCUCUCGGCGUUUAAUUUGGGAAAAAAACCUGAAGCAUAUUUCCAUCCAUAAUCUUGAGGCCUCUCUUGGUGUGCAUACGUAUGAACUGGCCAUGAACCACUUGGGGGACAUGACCAGUGAAGAGGUGGUUCAGAAGAUGACUGGACUCAAAGUACCCCCAUCUCAUUCCCACAGUAAUGACACGCUCUAUGUCCCAGACUGGGAAGGCAAAGUCCCAGACUCCAUUGAUUAUCGAAAGAAGGGAUAUGUUACUCCUGUCAAAAAUCAGGGUCAGUGUGGCUCCUGUUGGGCUUUUAGCUCUGUGGGUGCCCUGGAGGGCCAACUGAAGAAGAAAACUGGUAAACUCUUAAAUCUGAGUCCCCAGAACCUGGUGGACUGUGUGUCUGAGAAUGAUGGCUGCGGAGGGGGCUACAUGACCAAUGCCUUCCACUAUGUGCAGAAGAACCGGGGCAUUGACUCCGAAGACGCCUACCCGUACGUGGGACAGGAUGAAAAUUGUAUGUACAACCCAACAGGCAAGGCAGCCAAGUGCAGAGGCUACAAAGAGAUCCCUGAGGGGAAUGAGAAAGCCCUGAAGAGGGCAGUGGCCCGAGUGGGACCCAUCUCGGUGGCCAUUGAUGCAAGCCUGACCUCCUUUCAGUUUUACAGCAAAGGUGUGUAUUACGAUGAAAAGUGCAAUAGCGAGAAUCUGAACCAUGCGGUUCUGGCAGUGGGAUACGGGAUCCAGAAAGGAAAAAAGCACUGGAUAAUUAAAAACAGCUGGGGAGAAAACUGGGGAAACAAAGGCUAUAUCCUAAUGGCUCGGAAUAAGAACAAUGCUUGUGGCAUUGCCAACCUGGCCAGCUUCCCCAAGAUGUGACUUCAGCCAGCCAACCCCAUCCUGCUCUUCCGUUCCUUCCAUGAUUGUGCAAUGAAGUGACGUAUCUUGGAAGGGAGUUGGUGUGCCUUUCUUGAAGCAGAUGUAGUGCUGCAGAGAUUGUCUGUUCGGUUGCCCCAUUUGUUUGUGCCUCAAGGGGGACACCCCUAGGCUACGUUCCUUGUCUCCACCCAAGGUCUUUAUUUUUCCUUGUGGCCACAGUAGGAAUUUCCCCAACAGGUGUGCAUUUGUAGACUAAGAGAUGUGACCACAGCUGCCCUGGCUGUGCUGUGCUGGGGCUGAUCCUGCACAAACAGUUAGACGCUAGAGACCUUCGGGUGGGCUGGAUUUUCGAUCACAGGGCCCAGUUAGCUUUGACCACUCUAGGGGACUAAGGUGAUCCGACUUGUCGACCUACAAGUUCACUUUUUCUAUAUCCCAAGGUAGAAAUAUCUAUGUUUUACACUCCAACGCAUGAAUCUAUUCAUCAGUUUUGGGUACAAGUUACCAUGAUACAGGGAAUUACGUUUCCUUUUUCCUUCUUUGCAUUUUUAAAGUAAACCAAGUAUUUAUCUUUUGUCUCUAACGUAAUAAGUAGCUAUUUUGUAACCACUCAUUUUGUGUUGGAUACUGUGCUAGGUGCUGGAGACAAAAAGAUGAAUAAA